UCCAGGUUCACUCUCGGUCUCUCACUCCGUGAGACACAGACGGCAGCUUUCUGAGCGAAGCCGGCACCAACUGAAGCAGCGCCACCGCAACUGCCAUCUCCAGGACAAGCCCUGGGCACUGGGACAGAAGGCGAAGCCUGGCAGCUCCGUGCCUCUCUCUGCACGGUCCUUGCAGUGGACCCGGCGGCUCCGGGUUCCUUCCGAUCCCCUUCGCAGCCACUUGGCGGGGUGUGCCAGGACUUGGGUCGCGGCUCGGGAAGAGCCCGGGCGGGAGGAAGCGGCGGCCCGGAGCGAGGGUGUGCAACUAGGACUGGGGAGCAAGCCGAGGGCACUGCGCUGGGAGGCGGCGGCCGGAGCCGCGGGUGCCUCCCCGCUUCGUCGCUUCGCAGGCGGCACCGCCUCCCCGGGCUGGGGUUGCUUGGCCGGGUUCUCUGCGUGUUCCCGGGCCCGGAGCCCGCGCACUAUGUGCCCGGUCGCGUUCUGAGAGCCGUCCGCCACCGCCUCCGUCUCGAUGAUCCCCCCGGAGCCUCCGCAGCCCCAGCUGCAGCCGCCACCACCGCCGGCCCCGCCGAACCAUGUGGUGACCACCAUCGAGAACCUGCCAGCUGAAGGCAGCGGCGGCGGGAGCCUGUCCGCCUCCUCCCGGGCUGGCAUGCGCCAGAGGAUCCGCAAAGUGCUGAACAGGGAAAUGCUAAUCUCUGUGGCUUUGGGCCAAGUGUUAUCCCUUCUUGUUUGUGGAAUCAGCUUGACCAGCAAGUACCUGGCAGAAGAUUUUCAUGCCAACACCCCAGUCUUCCAGAGCUUCCUCAACUACAUCCUCCUCUUCUUGGUCUAUACCACCACCCUAGCUGUCAGACAAGGAGAAGAAAACCUCUUGGCAAUUUUGCGACGAAGAUGGUGGAAGUACAUGAUCCUGGGACUCAUAGACUUGGAAGCUAAUUACCUGGUGGUCAAGGCUUACCAGUACACGACCCUGACCAGUGUCCAGCUCCUGGACUGUUUUGUGAUCCCGGUGGUGAUUUUGCUCUCCUGGUUCUUCCUGCUGAUCCGGUACAAGGCUGUGCAUUUCAUCGGCAUCGUGGUCUGCAUCCUGGGGAUGGGCUGCAUGGUGGGAGCUGACGUCCUCGUGGGAAGGCAUCAGGGAGCAGGGGAAAAUAAGCUGGUAGGGGACCUCCUGGUCUUGGGAGGAGCCACGCUGUACGGCAUCUCUAACGUCUGGGAAGAAUCCAUCAUCCGAACCCUGAGCCGAGUGGAGUUCCUGGGAAUGAUUGGUCUCUUUGGUGCAUUUUUCAGUGGCAUUCAAUUAGCCAUCAUGGAACACAAGGAGUUGCUAAAGGUGCCCUGGGAUUGGCAAAUAGGACUUCUCUAUGUUGGUUUUAGUGCGUGCAUGUUUGGUCUCUACAGCUUUAUGCCAGUUGUCAUAAAGAAAACAAGCGCCGCCUCCGUCAACCUUUCUCUGCUCACAGCAGAUCUGUACAGCCUGUUCUGUGGACUCUUUCUCUUCCACUACAAGUUUUCAGGACUUUACCUCCUGUCUUUCUUCACCAUCCUCAUCGGGCUGGUGCUCUACUCCUCCACCUCCACGUACAUAGCCCAGGACCCCCGAGUGUACAAGCAGUUCCGUAACCCUUCAGGACCUGUUGUGGACUUGCCCAGCACGGCUCAGGUGGAGCCUUCAGUCACCUAUACCAGCCUGGGCCAGGAGACAGAAGAAGAGCCCCAUGUACGUGUGGCCUAGGGUAAGGUCUGCCCUGCCCACCGAGGACAAGACAGAGGCCGCGUGUUUGCUCAUCAUCUCUGUAUUGUACAUAGAGAAAGGUAUUUAGUAGGUGCAGUUUCACAGGUGGACUGCAAGGUAGCUCAUCUUCCUUUUGUAAAAAGGAAACCAGCUGAUGACCAAUGGGGACACAGUCUUCAAUCCACCUGACUCAGAAAGAGGCUUUGAUAGUGUGUAUCCCGACCCAGCCCCCACCCCUGCAUUAAUUACUGUGAAAUUUUUUGACUCAAGAGCAAGUAUUAUGGUUACUAUGAUUUUUAUUAUUGUUGUUACUGUUAUUACACCGACUUUCAGAAGGAGGUUUUGUAUUCCUGACGGGAAUUCUUGCCAGACCCUCACGUAAUCAGCCUACAUCCCACUUUUCUAUGGCAAGCCACUUUUUAAGAAUCAUACUUUUGGUUGUGUUUUGCACAGACUAUACGAGUGAUGCAUGCCACAGAAUCUCUACCCCCUCCGAAGUUCCCUCAUCCUGGUGACUUUGUGACUCAUGGUUUCCUCUGUCACCUGUUGCCUGCUCAAUAAGGAUUUUGUGCCGUGACCCUUGUGGGGAGGGGAAACUGACCAUGUAAUUCUCUAUUCUAGGAAUAGAUAUAAAACAAACAUUUUAGCCUUUUUAUAUUUCAUUUUCUGAUUACUCUGGGCCAUUGGCUUUCUUUUCGGCCAGGAGCUUCAUCUACUCAAGCCCUGUGACUACAGGAUAAGAUUUCCCCCAUUUUUGUGACUUACAGGAAACCCUCUAAAUAAAACCACUAAUGCUUAGGGAAUGUAUGUUUUAAAAUUUCUUCUGGCCUUCCGUGUAUCUCUCUCCUCAAACAUUGGUUUCUGUUUUAAUUUUUUUCUUAAUGAUGUCAUGGAAAUUAACCAAAGUACUGGAAAAGCCAUGGCCUCUGCCCUCUUUGUUACAUAGUACCUUUCUGGGAGCAUGUCAACAUGGACAGACAUCUUUAUUGUGGGGCAUCACUGUUUAUGCCACCUCUUAGAGCAAGGAACAAUCUUUGUUUAUAGUUCAUGUUUUGGUCCUUUACUAGUGGUAAAGAUGUUAUCAUUGAAAAAUCUGGCAUUUUGGUCACAUUUGAUACCCCUUUAGCAGAGUAUAUAGAUAAGCAUUCAUACACACAGAUGAUGCAACAGCAUCCCAAUAAAGCUUGAUACAUCGCUAGUCUAAUCAGCUCUGUUGUCUCAAGAAUAUCUCCCCCAACCCCACCACAGGAAAUUGAGAACCACCAUCAACCUCUAUAAUUCAGAAUAGAUUCCAUGUGUCAGUGUGGAAGCACCCUGUAGCUUGGCUGACUCCAAUACCACUUAAAAGGAUCCUUGAUGGAGUUAUGGGCUUUUAUAAAUGUUCAUGAAAUUUGAGACAAUUCAAGUCAACAUAUUUUAAUCAAGCAAGCAAAAAAUAAUAAAACCCUAGUGGGGGGUUUUAUAAAGUUAGAAUAGAUAGAUUACAAAGUAGGGCCUGAACAAGGUCUGAACAUCGCAGGCAGAAGCUCCCAAGCUGUCCGCCAGGAGGCCUCUGGCCUCUUUGCCCAACUUCUGUGAAGAGUCAUCAUGGUCCCCUUUGACAAAUCUCAUAAGAACAACACAUAUCCAAACUAAUCAAUGCACUUGAAAACUGUAACUCAGUUUAAAAAAAUGAUUUUCAUUGAAUCAUAUAACUUUUCUCCUAAAGUAUUAUUUAGUCCUGACCUUGGAGAAAGGAAGAAAAAUUGUUUUCUGAUAUGUACAUUUCAUAUUAGAUUUCCCCAUGGAAACAAUGUUUUUUUUAAACUGGGAUGGGAUGGGCAUCGGGAGAAAGGCUUGGGCUAAAGUUACAUAUCCCAUCCUGCAACUUUGCCAGCAUCUUCUCUCUGCUACCGUUUAAACCAAUUAAAUACCUUUCUCUGAAUAUUUUGUCCAUUCAGAUCUGAAGACCUUUAAAGACUGUGCUUUUAUUUUUGUGUUUACAUUCCUUUGUUUUGCAUAAUUUACUUGAUUUGUUGCAUUUUUAGUAUUUAUUUUAAGCUAAAUGUCUUUGUCUUUUUGAUUCAUUUUUAUGGCACUAAUUUGUAGACACUCAGUAAAGUCUUAUGAGAAACAAGAGGCUGAAAUUGUUUCCAAGUCCAUUCAGUGGGCUAGGAACAUUUUUAAAGUUUGAAAAGGUUUGCAAUUAAUUUAUGGCUGAAGGUGGCCGUUUGGACCAUUUUUUAGGGUGUUUUAAUUGACUCCAGUGUACGGAAACCAAGUGUGACUAUCAGGAUGAACUCACAGUGUCCUUUUUGUCAUUGGAUGUCCUUGUGAUCAGACAUUCACGCCACUGGGUUACUUCACCCAUGUUGCUUUAAAUCCAUUUGUAAAGCUGGUAACAUUGGCUGUCCAAGAUCCGAACUGAUUCUUAAGGGAAAAAAGACAAAAAGUUUCAAAGAACCAUGUUUUCAGUAUGAAAACUUUGGUGGUUUGAGAGCGGGGUGGGAAGUGGGAAUAGGGUAACAUUAACUGUAGCCGUUUAGUUUCUGGGAUUCUGUAACCUCAGUAGACAACCAGGAAGACAUUCAACGUCCUAAUCCACCACUCUCCUCUCCUCGAUGAAUGAGAACAGUCCUUUGUAGGAUUGUUGAUGAGGGGCAAAAAACAGCUCUCUUCAGACUUGCCCGAGAUGAGCGGUGGUUUUCACUUCCUCGCUGGAAACUUGACUGGGGACAGAGCUUGCCUUGGUCAGAUCUCCCCACAGCUUCAAACACGUAUCCAGGUAGACCAAGCAAUGGACAACUUUGCACCACUGUGUCCCAUCAAAACGUUUCAAUGUUUAGUUUAGGUAUUGCUAACUUGUGCUAUUAACCUUUGGACGAGCUUGUAGUAUUGUUUGUUUGGGGUUUAUUUUUGAUUUGUAACUAUCUAGUACUCCCCAGCUAGUUCUCAGUACAGAUUUUACCCCAUGGGUAGGAGUCUAUCUUCACACCACAUAAUGAAGCACACUAAUCCUGACACUACAAGGGAAAAUAUGAACCAAAAUAUAGACAAAACGGAAAAAGAACUUUACACCAGGAAGCUGAACAAGCAAUCCACAUUUUCUAUUUGCAUGCUCCCCCAUGGACUGGCUGUGGCAGUGUAACACCUGUACAAUGUUUUCAAAUAAAAAUAAAUGCUUUCUGAAAGCACCAUG